AUGAGUAGUCAAUUUAGUCGUUCGACAAUUCCGAUCCAAAUGGCGGACCUAAAUGUAUUAGACACAUCUUAUGUGUGGCUUUCCCUUUAUUUUUUCCUUAAUCUCGCCCUGACAUUAUAUAACAAGGCUGUCAUGCAGUUAUACGAUUUCCCAUUUCCUUGGACAUUAACUGGAGUGCACGCUUUAUGUGGUGCGAUUGGAUCCUAUUUGUUCUAUUGGAUGGGAAUAUUCACACCUGCCCGUUUAAAUGAGCGUGAAAGUAUGGUGAUGCUGUUGUUUUCAGUCUUAUAUACUAUAAAUAUUGCUAUCAGUAAUGUAUCAUUACAUUUGGUUACUGUGCCGUUUCAUCAAGUAGUCCGCGCAAUGACACCGAUCUUUACAAUCAUUCUCUCUAUUCUCUUUCUAAAAAAGAACUUCUCAACCAAGACAUAUAUUUCAUUGCUUCCGGUUGUUUUGGGAGUUGCGUUUGCAACGGUGGGUGAUUAUUAUUUUACAAAAAUGGGUUUUUUCUUAACGGUUCUUGGCACAGUAUUAGCUGCUCUAAAAACCGUCGUUACAAAUCGUGUUCAAGUUGGUCGUCUUAAGCUCCAUCCCUUAGAUCUAUUGUUACGUAUGUCUCCUUUAGCUUUUGUUCAAACCGUAAUUUAUGCUUACGUAACCGGCGAAUUGCAUAGAGUACGUGCAUUUAGUCGUACCGAAAUGACAACUUCUUUAGUUUUCGCCCUUGUUACAAAUGGCGUCAUUGCCUUUUUUUUGAAUGUUGUGAGUUUCACGGCCAACAAAAAAACAUCAGCUUUGACAAUGACCGUGGCUGGUAAUGUUAAACAGGUCUUGUCAAUUAUUUUGGCGGUUGUGAUAUUUAAUUUAACUAUAACGCCAACCAACGGUCUCGGAAUCUUUUUGACUUUGCUUGGAGGCGCGUGGUAUGCGAAAAUUGAGUUUAGUGAACGUUACAAACCCGUUCCUAUCGUCUCACCACCUCUAGGUCGAUGA